CUUCCAACGGUGCAGCAUGGGGUGAUGUGGCAGAUUGUCCUGGCCCUAUGUGUUCUAAGAGGUGCUGCUCAGAGCCUCAAUGAGAACACGGGGCUGUUAGCUGAGUACUUCACGCCCUUUGAUCCAGCACAAAGUUGUGAUCCGGCGAAUGGUUCCACGCAGGUGCUCCGGACUCUUCUACCCAACCUCCAGCACAGGAUAGAGAGGAUCGAUUUUGGCAGCCGUGAUGCCUUUGGACUUGACCGCUGUGCCUGGGAGAUGGAUCUACUGGGUGAAAGGCUGGUCUACAGUUGCAGGGGUCAAGAGGAGCUGAGGAAGAAUUUUGCAGCACGCUAUACGGGCUAUUUCUACGUCUUUCUGGAAGGUGAUUAUACCUUCCAGUUGGACGCUGGUGACGGAGUGCGCAUGAUCUUGGGUCACGACGCCUGUCCGGGCAAAAGCUGCGCGACAAGGUUUGAUGUUGAGAAUUGGGCCAUGCAGGACAUGCGGAAAAACCGCGUGGAUGAUGGAUCUUAUGGCAAUCAGUGCGACGAGUGUGCGCAAGGCAUCUACGACAACUGCAAGGUCACAGAUUGGGGUUGCGAACCCUUCAGCAUGUGGCACUUAGAAGGUGACGGUGGUUUAUCUGGCACCUGUGUUAGCGAGCCAGUGGUACUGACAAGUACCAGGUACCUCACAGCUGGUUUGCAUCCGAUGCGUAUUGAGUAUUUCCAGCGCGGCGGCGAUGCGCACCUCUACUUCAAGUAUUCUGGACCUGACACCAAAGAUCUGUUGAUCACAGUUCCUCCCACUAAAUUGGGCUUCCCGCGAUCGCAGACCAUGAUCAAGGAGGUCUUUGAUGUGUCCGAGGACAAUCCAGAUGCCUUGCCUCCUGCCAGUUAUUUGGGCGACUUUGCCCGAGCUUAUCCUAACGCCAAGCUGCUCUACCGUGCGGAUGACCCUUUUCAAAACACAGGGCCCGGAGAGGGCCAGUUCAGUGUUGACACGGAAGCGAUGAACCAUCCAGUCUAUAUACGUUGGCAAGGCUUUUUUCUGAUUGCCAAUGGUGGUGAGUACCUCUUUCGCAUCGACUCGGACGACGGUGGGCGCUUGACCUUUGGUGGACGCGGGCUGAAUGGAGAACAGGUCCUGGUGGAUAACGAUGGCCUCCAAGAUGGUUCCCAAAGAAAGGAAGCAAGGAUCUCAGUUCUACCAGGUCUCCAUCCUGUUCGCAUCGAAUUUUUCUGGCGGCCGCCCGAAGGUGUGUCCGUGACCGUUCAGCGACCGCCUGGCAUCAAGGUGACCUACACUGGCUUUGACACGCUUGGCUAUUUGCUGUCUAUCGCACGAGACAAUGGCGGACGAAUCACCACGCAGGAUUAUGACUGUGAAGUCAGGCGGUUUUCUUGGGGCAAUGGCAUCAGUGUGAACCGGGACUGUGCCGGCAAUUGCUUCGUGGGUUUCGAAACAAACCUGGGAGAUCGUGUUUGUGACAAUGGAGAAGCUGGAACAUCGAGUCUGGAAUGUUCGCAUUACAACUUUGAUAACUGGGACUGCUCUCCGACCUUCCCACAGAAGUUAGAAACGACUCCGCGACCAUCGAUCAGCUGCCAUCAGUCCUGUCCAGUUGGGGAUUUCAGGCGGAAGAACUGUGCCACUUGCACUGCUACCACCUCCAGUGGAGAGCUUUGCAUCGAAGAAUAUGAUGACUUUUGCCCUUCUGGCAACAAGGAGGAAUGCACCUUCUUGACCUGCUGCGUUGCCAAGAUCAGUGGCUUGAACUACUGGGGAGAAGAUUGUUUGGCCUUCGGCACCGCGACGAACUGCACGGGUAAGCUCGAUGCGAUCUUAACACGAUUGCAAAUGGAGCCCCUGGCACUGGACGCUGCGGCGGUGUAUGAUCCCCUGGUGCCACGGCGACGACCCACAGGUACCAUGAUGUCAGAGUGCAGCACCAGCAAUUGCAACAUGAUCACAGAGGAGUUCAUCCUCAACCCCUUCACGGGCUACUUCACUGAUCAGCGGGUCUGUCCGGUGCAGGAGUCGACCGACCGGGGCUACGAAUGCUUCGAGGGGCCCUUUGAGCAGACGGGCGUGACGGAUGUCCUGACGCAGUGCCAGGAUGGUCGCUUUGAGUGGAACUUCUGCAAGAAUCGGAAAAGCUACGAUGGUCGACCUUUCGCUGUUUGUUGCAGCUUUCUGUUCCUCAAUCCCCAGGGCCAAGCGGAAUGUCGCUUCAUGGGAGCUGCACAAGGAACUUGUGAUACUUUGAUGGCGGAGUUGCAACGCAACUUGAGCGUGAGCGCCUUUACGCGAAUCUCCAAUGCACAGGUCUUGAAGAAUUGCUACACUGAUGCCUGCAACAACCCUGACGACGAACUCGCAGGCUGUCCGGCGGCAGUCGACAGGGAACCAGCCAUCACCGACGGCUUGAGGACCACCCUUCGGCCAACGCGGGAACAGCUCUUGGAAGGCUCCGUGGAACGACCUCCUGAGCCACCGCCCUGGGGCCUCAUAGGUGGACUACUGUCGGUGCCAUUCGCCUUGAUUUGCAUAGCGGUGCUGCUGUCCAAGUUGGGUUGUUUUAGGGAGGCCAUCGAGCCACUAUUCCACAGCUCCAAGGCUGUUGUUGUCGCCCAUGACACCUUCAUUGAACCUCAGAAGGAUUUGAUGGUCAAUGGCCUUGGCAUCGAAUCCAAGACCUACGGACGUGUGGAACCACGAGCAUUGGGUCUGCGAAAGGAGAAAGAAGACCAAGAGGUGCUCCCCUUGGCCUUGCGGCAGCGCCCGGAGAACGCCGUGCCCGAGGCGGCCAACGCCGCCUGGGUGGACGAGGUCGUGAAGGAGGCCUCCAUCCAAGAUCAAGUGCCACAGCUGAAUGGGACCAUGGUGCUCCACGGCACCACCUUCAGUGGUCAUGGCGUCCUUUGCGACCCAGAGGAGUUGGAUAUGCCGUACACGGAGAGCCAUGUGUUGGCCUUGACGUCUGGGGCACAUCACUCCCACUCCUCAGAUCGCAGCAAGAGUAUGGACGAGGUCGGAUCCCAACACCAGUCUGUGGUCAGUGGUCUCCCAAGUCUCUCGAAUACAGCUCGCAGUGCCAGAGGCGCCAAUCGAAGCACCUCGAAACUCACAUCCAUAUCUGAUAUGACUUUGAUGACGGGCCUCACUGGCGUGACCGUCACCGAACGCCCGCUCUCAUCACAAGGUCUGGAUGAUCAUGAUGUCCUACACCAAGAAGCCCUGCCAGAACCUCCGACGGAGGUUGUUUUGCCGGAGAUAGGCCAUGUUGAGGGCAGUGUGUCUGGACUGGUCCUGAACCCUGUGUCUGUGGGGAAUUUACAUCGCCCCGCAGCUGCAGCCAAGCGCCUUCGCCAGCAAGGUGCUUCGGUGCCCCGUGUGGCCACGUGAGGAGCCUCUGCCGGAUGCUGCCUGCCAAGCAGGUUAGUGAGAUCUCAAUUUAGUGAGGAAAUGAUGGAACAU